CCACGGCUGCGAGGUCAUUCCCUCCACCCGAGACGAAAAUCCCCGUCGUAAUUGUCCCCGCUGCCGCCGAAGAAGAAGAUCCGGCCGCCAAGAACUUUGAAGAUCAGAAGCAGCUUUCGGCGCCCUCAGCAAUGCUGCCUGACUCGUUGACUUCGGUCUCCACCACCACGAAGUCGGGCUAUGAAGUCGCGAUGGAGACGGAGGACGAUGUAGCUCUAGUGGCGGAGCUGCCGACCACCAAUGCCGCAACGCAGUCAGCACCACGAACCACCGCUGCCAUCACAAGCAUCAUCACCAUGAUUGAACCGCCAACCAUCAACGACAAGGCUUUGCCCCAGCGGAGAUGAUGGCGCCAUCAUCAGCAGCCGUCAUUAGCACUGAGUCACCACCUGGCGCGGCGGCCGAGGGCGCAGCUGCAGGGGAAUGCCGCGCGGCCGAGGCGGAACGGGAGGCGGCGCGUCGCGCCGACGUGGAGGAGCGCGCUGCGGCGGCGCGGGCCGAUCGCGCGGCGAAGGUCACGCCGCAGGACUGGGCGGCGCUGACCGAGUCGGAGAAUGUAGCCGCGGGCGCCGACGCGGGGGAGCGCCCGACGGCGGAGUGCGGCGUCAAUCGGCGGAUCUCUUCGCCUGAGCUACAACACACGGGAAGGAUUCAGCGACUGGUGGCGGGUUCCUCCGCAUCAUUGACUGGCAGGAAGAAGGAGCCAAUGAGUCAGACGAAGGUUCGGAGAUGGGUCGCGACAACGACGAAUGAUCGGGUUGCCUCGCCGGGAAUGCAACAUGUGGAGAGGACACAAUGGACAUCGGCGGCCGACUCAAAUCCUGGCCGCCCGUUGAGAGGUUUGACGAUGGGUAAAGAAAUGAAGUCGGAGCGUCCGACGAAGAAGAAGAAGAAGAAGAAGAAGAAGAGGGUGGCUCCUCUCACGGCGAACGUCAAGAAGAAGAAGCCAGGACCGGGCGGGGCUCGUUGCCGCCGGGUGCUUUGUUCGUUGCUGGAGAAAAAGGCGAAGGAUUGCUCACCGACGGAAGUCGAAAAGAAGAAGAACACGCCGCUCCUAGAAGACGAGACGAGGAAAGACGACGGGGGCGUCAGUUCUCGCUCCAACCCUCAAUUGGCCACCUUGGGCCGUACUGAGCAGCAAAGGAAAGCUGGGUUGGGCCGAAAAAUCUGGGUUGGGUGGCCAGAGACACAAAGUGAGACAGGCCGAAUAAAUCUGGAGCAAGGGCGGACAAUUGUUGAGCUCGGGUCAGACCUGUUGGUUCACUCGAUCGGGCCACGUCAUGGGAAUAAUCAGAUUGAGGCAAAGCUAAGUCUUGGGCCGAACAGCAAGGGAACCCACUGGGUUCAAAAGAAAACUGGGUUGAGCUGUCAGAGCGGGCCUGGGCCUCCAACAGGCUUUGUUUUAAAGUGGGUGAGCUUGGAGAAAAAGAAAGGUGGGUUCAUAGGAUGGUCAGAUGGGCUUUCUAGGAAAACAAACCCAAAAGCAUGUGGAGAGACAAUGAUACAAUUCAAUGAGCUAAAUCCAAGGAAGAUGUUGGAAGGCCCUAAUGAAUUGGUACUUAAGGAUGGAUUCUUGAACAAUGCCGCAUCUUGGAAUUCCUUAAGUGGCUGGAGCGAGAUGCCAACAAUAGAGGAGCUGCUGAAGUUCGACUUGGUCAAGGAAGUGGUUGGUGUUCCCAUAAAAGUGAAAAUUGAAGAAUUAAAUCAGCACAAGGUUGGUGGAAAAAGUCCAAUCACGGAGUUGGAGCACAAUUAGAAAAAACGGAAGGGCAAGAAAGGGAGAAGUCAGCGCGCAAAUGGUGCGAGAAGGAAUGAAGAGUGGGUCAAGAC